UCCCACCCCUUUUCAAUCCGAACUCGCUCUCUGCCUCAGAGGCUGUUUUUCACCAUAUAUGCCGGGACUGCACGCUUGGUUUUACUGCCUAAUCGGGCUGUUUAUCAGUACACUGGUGCAGUGCGUGCAUUUUCCAUAUAUUAAUCACCGAUUCUGGCAGUGACCUCGCCCAGGCAGUGUUUCAGCCCAGUCCCGGCUCCGCAUCCCGAGACCCUGUGAUGGGGGGAGCAAAGAGUAAGCCCAAGGACCCGGGCCAGCGCUCUCGCAGCCUGGAUGGGACCAUCAGCACCAGCGGCUCCCACUACCCCAAGCACACCCACCCCGAGACACAGACCCCCCAGCGCAGCUCGACCAGCGCAUCGCAGCUCCUCAGCAGCAGCACAACCAAGCUCACUCCCUUCGGGGGCGUGGAGCCCAUGGGAGGCGGCCCACUUACAGGUGUCACCACGUUUGUAGCACUGUACGACUACGAGUCUCGGACCGCCACGGACCUGUCUUUCAAAAAGGGAGAGAGGCUCCAGAUCGUCAACAACACGAGAAAGUUGAACAGCAGGGAAGGAGACUGGUGGAUGGCUCGCUCUCUCACAUCGGGGAACACUGGUUACGCUCCCAGUAAUUACGUAGCGCCUUCAGAUUCCAUCCAGGCGGAAGAAUGGUACUUUGGAAAGAUCACUCGGAGGGAAUCGGAGAGGAUGCUUCUGAACCUGGAGAACCGGAGAGGAACCUUCCUGAUCCGGGAGAGCGAGACCACAAAGGGAGCGUACUGUCUCUCAGUUCUCGACUACGACACCACGAAAGGCCUGAAUGUGAAACACUACAAAAUCCGCAAGCUGGACAGCGGCGGGUUCUACAUCACGUCACGGACGCAGUUCAGCAACCUGCAGCAGCUGGUCAGCUACUACCGCAAACACGCAGACGGACUGUGCCACUGUCUGACCGAGGUGUGCCCCACACUGAAGCCCCAGACUCAGGGACUGGCCCGGGAUGCCUGGGAGAUACCGAGGGAGUCUCUGCGUUUGGAACUCAAACUGGGACAAGGCUGCUUCGGGGAGGUCUGGAUGGGUACUUGGAACAGCAUGACACGGGUGGCGAUCAAGACCCUGAAACCAGGCACCAUGUCCCCCGAGGCCUUCCUGCAGGAGGCUCAGGUGAUGAAGAAGCUGCGGCACGAGAAGCUGGUGCAGCUGUACGCCGUCGUCUCAGAGGAGCCCAUCUACAUCGUCACAGAGUACAUGAGCCAAGGCAGCCUGCUUGAUUUCCUGAAGGGGGACACGGGGAAGUUGUUGCGUCUCCCCCAGCUAGUGGACGUGGCCUCUCAGAUUGCAGCGGGCAUGGCCUAUGUAGAGAGGAUGAACUACGUUCACCGAGACCUGCGGGCGGCUAACAUCCUGGUCGGGGACAGUCUGGUGUGCAAGGUGGCUGACUUCGGACUGGCUCGACUCAUAGAGGACAAUGAAUACACUGUCAGAUCAGGUGCCAAGUUCCCAAUCAAGUGGACAGCCCCCGAGGCAGCUCUGUAUGGCCGCUUCACCAUCAAGUCAGACGUCUGGUCCUUUGGAGUCCUGCUGACUGAGCUUGCCACCAAGGGCCGGGUGCCCUACCCAGGGAUGGUGAAUCGGGAGGUGCUGGACCAGGUGGAACGUGGCUACAGGAUGCCCUGUCCAGCCGAAUGCCCCGAAUCGCUCCACGACUUGAUGCUGACCUGCUGGAGGAAGGAGUCUGAAGAGCGGCCCACCUUUGAAUACCUGCAGAACUUCCUGGAGGACUACUUCACUUCCACAGAGCCGCAGUACCAGCCUGGAGAGAACCUCUAGAACUGAAACCACUGCCAGAGGUUUACCACUAGAGCGCGCUAUUCAAACACUGACCCUACCCUGCCAGGGGUCUGCCACUAGAGCGCACUAUUCAAACACUGACCCUACCCUGCCAGGGGUCUGCCACUAGAGCGCACUAUUCAAACACUGACCCUACCCUGCCAGGGGUCUACCACUAGAGCACACUAUUCAAACACUGACACCUACCUUGCCAGGGGUCUACCACUAGAGUGUGCUAUUCAAACACUGACCCUACCCUGCCAGGGGUCUGCCACUAGAGUGCGCUAUUCAAACACUGACCCUACCCUGCCAGGGGUCUACCACUAGAGUGCACUAUUCAAAUACUGGCACCUACCUUACCAGGGGUCUACCACUAGAGUGCACUAUUCAAACACUGACAUCUACCUUGCCAGGGGUCUACCACUAGAGCGCACUAUUCAAACACUGACCCUACCUUGUCAGGGGUCAACCACUAGAGCGUGCUAUUCAAACACUGGCCUCCUACCUUGCCAGGCGUCUACCACUAGAGUGCGCUGUCCAGCUGUUCCCAGGUUUAUUUAUAAUUAAUUUUAUUUUUGAAUGCUUGUAAAAAGCUGGGAUUCCUUGUAUUUACUGGUCCCUUUUUGAUAGGUGAUGCUGGGGCUGGUAUUUUCUCAACUGCUUAGAAGGCUGCUUUGCUGAUCUUCACUGCCCUGUUAUUUUUUAUUCUGUUUUUUUUACUCAGUUAUGCUGGUAGGUUUUGUUUAUUGAAUGUGCCAUGUUCUCGAAUUCCCUGAAGCCUGCAGACACUGGGAGUUGUAUAAAAGAGCCCAGUCAGUCAUUCCCAGGGCCUGUUGAAAACCAAGGGGUAUGUUUUGAACUGUAGUUUUCCAAGCUUGUGGUCCUGUACUUCCACAGUCGAUAGGGACACAGAGGUUGGAAAGCAGGCCAGCUACCCCAUGCUGCCCUCAAUACCUUGCCUGGGCGAACGGACAGACUGUCGCUUCAUGUCUGGGUUCAUGAACAAUGAUGGUCUUGGCACUGUGCUGACUCGACCUGGUUAAACUGGACUCUGGUGGUGUGUGUGUGUGUGUGUUGUGCAGGGAUGUCACUGUGGUGACCCGACCUGGUUAAACUGGACUCUAGUGAGUGUGUUGUGCAGGGAUGUCACUGUGCUGACCCGGCCUGGUUGAACUGGACUCUGGUGUGUGUGUGUGUGUGUGUUGUGCAGGGAUGUCACUGUGCUGACCCGACCUGGUUAAACUGGACUCUGGUGUGUGUGUGUUGUGCAGGGAUGUCACUGUGGUGACCCGACCUGGUUAAACUGGACUCUGUGUGUGUGUGUGUGUGUGUGGGAUGUCACUGUGCUGACCCGACCUGGUUAAACUGGACUUUGGUGUGUGUGUGUGUGUGUGUGUGUGUGUGUGUGUGUUGUGCAGGGAUGUCACUGUGCUGACCCGACCUGGUUAAACUGGACUUUGGUGUGUGUGUGUGUGUGUGUGUGUGUGUGUUGUGCAGGGAUGUCACUGUGCUGACCCGACCUGGUUAAACUGGACUUGUGUGUGUGUGUGUGUGUG